AUCGGUGGCAGUCAGGAGUCUGUCCAUCCAGACCCCGAAGCAGGUCCAGUGACAGCAGUUGCCCAGGAGGCUGAGGUGAGCUCAAGUGUGGAAGACACUCAGACAGAAGAAAUCAAAGUCCUUCUAGUCCCACACAACUGUCUUCAUUUUACAGCCGGUCGUGAUAAAGUUGUGUCCGAUUACGAAGAAGCUUCGUCAAGUUUGCUGGGAGCAGUUGGGGGAACAGUCCGCAAGUCCUCGUCGGUCAGCUCUCUCAACUCAAAGGGAAGCAGGUACUCUCGGGCUGAGAAAAGUGACAAAGCUGAAGGUGUCAGCUCCGAGAUGAAAGCACUUAUUGGGAAAGCACAAGGAAAAGGGGGACACUGGCAGAGCAGGAGCGAGUGUCACGAAGAUUAUGAAGAAGAUGAUGCAGACGAAAUUGUCUUUAGAAACGCAAAAAGCCUCAUGAACGUGAUAGAGACGGUCAGGAAAGACCAAAAUAUAAAUGUGAUAGAUAAUCAAGAUGAAGACAUCGAGAGAGGCAGUGCGGAUUCCUCUUCCUUCCAGUCAUUGUCUCAGUCUAACAGUAUUUCUUCAGAGCAGCUGAAAAGUCGGGCAAGUGCCUCAUACGAGGAGUCAGAACCACGCAGAAGAAAUGAUAAGCAGUUCAGCCAAGACAUGGAAUCAAUGACUUCACUGAUUGGCACUGACAGCAUCUCUACAGUUGACAUUAUGAAAGAGGAGAGCCACACAGAGACUGUUGAUGCUGUUGUGGAACCUACAGCGUGA